AUGGUGUUGUUCUUGGUCUUGGUCCUUUUGGUGGUGUUGGUGGUGGUGGUGACGGCGGCGGCGGCGGCGGCGGCGGUGGUGGUGGUGGUGUUGGUGGUGGUGCUGCUGCUGUUGCUUUUGCUGUCACUGUUGCUGGUGGCUGGUUCCUGGCUCCUGGCUCCUGGCUGUUGGCUGUCGUUGGUGGUUGGUCGCAGUUGGCUGUUGUCCGUGGUUCUUGCGGGGCAGUUGGCGGUUGGCGGUUGGCGGAUGGUGGUUGUUGGUUGGCAGUACAUUGACCCGAAGAACCAGAUCCAGGGGCCCUUCAGCCUCCUUGAGAUGCAGCAGUGGUACCACAUGAACUACUUCCGACCGGAGCUGAAGAUGAGGUGUUCCGAGCAGGAUGACUUCGUGCCUUUCUCGGAGCUGUUCCCGCAUCCCAUGGUCCCGUUCCAGAGCUACCCCAAGCGGGUGCCUGCUGGGGGCAGGCGGUGA